AUGAGAAAGGUGAAAAUCGAAGAGCAGCAUGAUGAGAUUAUCGAUGACGUCAAACCUGAGCUUCGUCGCGUGGUUAGCUCCGAUGUCGUCGUCAAAGAUAGGAAGCUCAAUAGAACUCUCCUCUGCGUGGCGAAACCGUCUUACCUCCUGGGUCUCGGGCCAAGAACUAGACGAAGCGACUACCUCCAACGAUUGCCAAAUAUCCUCUCUGAUCUGCUUCGCCAUAAAAACUGGAGCGAGGCAAGCAAAUUACUCAGCGUUCUGAUGCAAGGGACGAUGAGAGAUGGUUCUCCGAAGAUGAAUCGCCUCAAAUACGAGGCUCAAAUAAAGAUUGUGAGAUACUUGAAACCUAGCAAAAACUAUGCCGUGGAGAUUGGAAAAGUUUAUGAUACUUGGAUUGGGAAGAUUGGUAAACAGCACAAAGAGGAGAGGCUCUUGGUAUGGUUCGAGCAAAUUUGCCAUUUUAUCGAUCAUGGGAUGGAUGAUGAGGCCCAAAGUGCUGCAACCAGCAUGAUGCAGAACCGUGAUAUGGGAAUGCUUCCAAGGUCCAAUCUAUGUAUAGGAAUCACAUUGUUCAGACUGUGGUGUCGUAAGUUCCAGGCGGUGUUACAGCCUCGAGAGGUUGCAGACUGCAGCGAAAGCGAAAGCGUAUCUAAUAAGUCGGAGUCGAGGCCUGAUAUGAUGAUGGUUGAGUGUUCAGUGAAGAACGAGUCUGCUUACUCUGUGGAGGAGUCCGAGGGCUCUGUUGUAAACGACUCGGAGUCUUCUUCGGUCAUGAAGGGGAAGGUGAAACUGGAGAAGGUCAAGGUGGAGAGUUCUUUGCAGUAUGACAAUCCAAUACAACGACACUCUGCUACCUCUGAAGAAAACGAAGACGAUUUGCAAGCUAUAGAUUCAUUAGAUCCCGCUCUUAUCGAAAUUCUUGAGGACAUGGAUCCAUGGUUGCUUCCUUUGGCACCGCCAAAAGAUGAGGAUUGCUAUAGAAAUAUAGUCAAUGAUAGUUAUUAUAAAGAAGCGGUGAGAUAUUUGCGGCUUGCUUUGCAGUCUCCCCGUGAUGUAUCUUUAGCUGCAAUACAUCCACUUGUACAGCUUCUGUUAAUUGGAGGUCAUACAGAUGAAGCGAUGAAAGUAGUCGAAAAUAUGUGCAACAAAGUGCAUCACAUCAAACCUUUCAGGAUGAAGGCGGCUAUGAUGGAGAAGUUUCACCCUGAGAGCGACAAGCUCGCAAAAUCCUACGAAGACAUCUUAAAGAUUGAUCCUAUCUGCGCAACUACCCUGAAGAAGCUUAUUGUAAUGAGCGUAGAAGUUGGUUAUAGCAGAGAGUCUCUAAUCGAAAUGAUAGCAUUGCAUGUGGAGUUUUCUUUCCCUGAGCCUGAAAUCUGGAAAGAGUUUGCCGAUUGCUUGAUUUUCUUCUUCGAUAAUCUUGAUGAAGACCGAAUGUCGGUAUGCCUAGACGGAGCUGGAGAAGAACGGAAUCAACAAACGUAUUCUGUUCGAUACAAUCCGACACCAAGAAUGUUCACCGAUGAAUCAUGGACCCUUCGGGCUCAGGGGUGGCUUCACCGCCAUUUCUUACUGGAAAUGCUCGAGACAGAGAGAAAAAGAGAAGAUUGGAACAUGAUGACUUACAAAGCGGCAUGUGCAAGUCAUAUCUACGGACAAGAGUUUGGUUAUGUUACAAAAGCGUACGGUCUGUUGGAGAAUAAUUGCAACGACAGGAGUUUGGUCAACGAACUUCGAAAGCACAGACGGAUUUGGAACAUGAUUUACAACCCUUUGCAAUAG